GCUAUAUCAAAGCACAAUGCAACCCUUUCAAAUAAAGCCCAUCUCUCCCGAUGUUGAACAUGUCUUUGCUGCGUCGUAAUUCGCUUCCAAUAUCGCGGUCUGAUAAAUUGGAAGGUACCGUCGCUUUGAAAGCUCCAGCAUGAAAGGUCUACCACUCGACACGUCCACGAGAUCCAUCCAUCGCACUGGCGCCGUUGGGCGCAAGCAAUGACGUGAAAUGUCGCAAAUCGAAUACACAUGGGCGUAUCUCGGUAGCAGGUAACGGUCGUUGUGGAGUUUGAGCUGGCAUUUGAUAGUUUGCAGCAUGAGGAAGAGGCUGGCCACUGAUUCCGAAGAUGCCGUGCAAGUCAGGACAAACUCAAUGCUGACCUCGUAUGACGCAUUGAGGGUCAAUUGCCAGCACACUGGUUCUCUCAAUGCAGGCCAAACAGCAGGUGUCUCCAAAGUGUUUGCCUGCAUGCAUCUCACGGCGGUGUAUGUUUGCGGAUGGAUCUAGCGUACCUGGUGGAUCGUGGUCAAGAACCAGGUACUUCAUUCAUCCCAUAGCCAAGGAACCACCAGUCCAAGCUCUACUACCCACAUGAACCCUUCAAGAGGCUGGAGCACAGCAAUAAAGCAUUGUAUCAACAUCGAAUCUAGCUCUAAUCGACUCUGUAGAAGCCGAUGCAACAGAAUCUGUCCAGCGAGUUCAAGGUUCUGUCCCGCACCAUAAUUCUUCGCAUAAAUGAGGCGCACGGAGCAGAGCCAAGGCGUGCGGAGAGAGUAACAUGGCUCGCAUUUGCGUUUCUGUAAGCUCUGGCUGGACGUUGCGCAUGCAGCCUGAAAGGAAUGCAUUUACAAUUCAAGGCUCACAAGCUGCUCACCUGGUGCGCGAAUGGAAGGAUUCUAGUCGUCCACCGAUGGAUGGUGAUCUGUGAUCUUGCAAGCAUCUUCCCGUACUCUCCUUGUAGCGACAACAUAUACAACACGCUGCUGUGCCAUGGAACUUGUAUGAGCCAUGAACCCAGUAAUACCAUACGGUCAACGAUCGACUUCGUUUCUCUCGCCUCGAUCUACUGUGAUCCUGAGGCGUGGAAAACGUCGUUGAUGGGACGGCUGGUUGAAAUUGACUUUUGGCGUCGCCUAGAGAAGGUUUCUAGAGUUCCUGGUGGUUGGUUGGCGUAUCCCUUGAAGGGUCCUUGAGAUGGAUACUCUGUACCUUAUAGGCUCUCCUUGGAUGGAGCCGCUAAUA